AGUGGUAUAGUUUACGAUGUUUUUGACUCUAGGUAAUGUAAACCAAGUUUAUAUGUACCAGGAAGUUAAAUUGAGUGAACUAAAUGACAGACCUAUCAUGAUUGCAGGAUUUUUGCAAUAUUUGCUUGCCACUUACUCCAAGGAUCGGACCAUUAUUGUUGAGAAAUAAGAAGCCUUUCACUGUCCUGUUUCGGUUUGACCACCACAAACGUCGCCGACUGCCUAGGUUUGUACAUGUUGACUUAACGAUGAGUGGGGACGGAUCAAUUGUACCUAGUAUCUUCCUCGAACCACAGACAACGAUAGGAGCUCAAGAUAUUUUAAGGUUAGGUGUGAAACUCUAUGGAUUUCUCCGGAAACGUGGUCAAUUGGAACGAACCUUACAACGAGUACCAGUUCUAAAAUUAAUCAUAACGAAAUGGCGACAAAAAUUUGUGGUGAUAGCAAAAGGAUGCUUGUACAUUUACAAUGACGAGUUUUCUACCUCACCGUUCCAGUCAGUUUCACUUAGAGGAUACGACAAAGUUGUUAGAGAAAUAAUACAAGACUCGGAUCGCAUGAAAAGCUUCAAACUUUACUCUAAAGAACAAUUUGACCGCAAACAGUUUACAUUCGGAUCAGCUAGUGAGGACGAUCGGAAGAAAUGGAUGAAACUUCUGAAAGCAGAAAUGGUAUUAGCUAACGAAGCUGUAGAAGACGAUGAAGAACAUGUUAUUAGUCACAAACAGAGCCACGACGAUGAACCAGAAGAUGAAUACACUUACCUUGAAAAGCAGGUCAAUGUCAAAGAGUAUCCUCCAAUUUUGCCUCACAAACCAAUUAAAACCACCAAUAGGAAGAAACAACCAGAACCUGAUUCCGAUACUGAAUCGGACGAUUACGACAAGAUAACCGAAGCAAUGUCACCGGGAGCACGCGGUGCAAGGGCCCCUUUGCCACCUAUUCCUAAAUCGGAGCCAGUUAAAAAGAAGGAAGGGCCUCCUAUGCGGAAACCAAAAAAACCUGUGCCAGCAGAAAAACCAUUACUUAAGCGAGAUAUAUCUAGGGAGGACUUUGAAUACAAGAGUUCAGAUCGUAUCCAAGCUCAGAAUAUUCUAAGUGGCAGAGAUGCAGGGACGUACUUAGUAAGACAGUCAAGAGCAAAUGAUAGUGAGGUAUUGUCAGUUCAAACAGUUGACGGCAUGAAGGAAUUCAAAAUAUUCCGAAAGGAUGGACAAUUCAGUAUAGACCACAAAGUUUUCUUCAAUUCGUUAGAACUCCUUCUACAGCACUUCAGUAAAGCAGACCUUCCUAAUCGUCACGACUCUCUCAGUAGAGGAUACAGCUGUACUGAUCUGACAGUGGCUAUGUAACCUUCCUGAUCGCCACGACUCUCGCAGUAGAGGGUACAGCUGAACUGAUCUGACAGUGCUUAUGUUAAAAUGUACCUUCCUGAUACAGCUAAACUGAUCUGACAGUGCCUAUGUAACCUUCCUGAUCGUCACAACUCUCACAGUAGAUGGUCCAGCUGAACUGAUCUGACAGUACCUAUGUAACCUUCCUGAUAAAGCUGUACUGAUCUGACAGUGCUUAUGUUACCUUCCUGAUACAGCUGUACUGAUCUGACAGUACCUAUGUAACCUUCCUGAUACAGCUGUACUGAUCUGACAGUGCUUAUGUUACCUUCCUGAUACAGCUGUACUGAUCUGACAGUUCCUAUGUAACCUUCCUGAUACAGCUGUACUGAUCUGACAGUGCCUAUGAAGCCUUCCUAAUCGUCACAACUCUCACAGUAGAUGGUCCAGCUGUACUGAUCUGACAGUGCCUAUGUGAUCUUCCUAAUCGUCACAACUCUCACAGUAGAUGGUCCAGCUGUACUGAUCUGACAGUACCUAUGUAACCUUCCUGAUACAGCUGUACUGAUCUGACAGUGCUUAUGUUACCUUCCUGAUACAGCUGUACUGAUCUGACAGUGCCUAUGUAACCUUCCUAAUCGUCACAACUCUUUCAGUAGAGGGUCCUGCUGAUGGAUUCAUAUUACCUAGUCUCUUAGUAUAUGGAACGGACAUCCAAUGGUUGUGUGUCUUUCCUAUUGAUCUAUGAAAGAGUUUAACUCCUUUCUGUAGAAGGAACAAACCUAUGAGUGAUAUUUGGUGUCUGUUUUAUUGCUAUGUAUUAAUGCUCCUCUUCUUUCUGUCGACAAUACUAACACAGACCUCCAUUGCUUGUGGGACUCUUCCACUCCUCGCAGUAGAAAAUUAAUUUCUUCUUUUGGUCGAUGUUAACACUUUCUGAUAAAAGGAUAUAUAUCUAGAACAACCUAUCUUUAUGUUAAAGUUCUAUUACAGGGUAAAACCGUUUAGACGUGUAACUCUAACAUGUUUAUACAGUGUAUAUAGCAAUAUCGUCCUAGCUGUAGGGCACAGAUUUCUAUAUCUAAUCCCGCUCUCUGUCUCUAGAUAUAUGUAUCCAUAUGUAAUGACAUAAUAUCCCUUUCACUACGUGUGUUAGUCAGAUCGUAUCGUGGCUGUACAACUCUUUCUAAUAAAAUGUAUAAAACCGUCAUAUGAGGGAGACAUGACAAUAUAUGCGCCUCUAAAUUAACUACACUUAUCUAGGUUUAAAACAAUAUACAGUAUAAAAAUAAAAAUACAUAUAUAUUACCCUCGUUUGAAGGAGACAUUACAGUUUUUUAUCCACGACAUCAAUAAUACCUCUCGCUGGUAUAGUCUAUGUAAGUCUACUAUUUAAAGAAAUAAUUAACGUAUAUAUCGGUUAGUAUGAUUGCAUAAUAUAAUAAGGGUGAGGAAAUGUUCGGAAAAUAAUUAACGAAGGCAGUUUCGGUAGUGAAUUAUUUACGAACAUUUCCGAAUCCCGAGUUACAUAUUACACCAUACAUUCUAGCAUAUGCUAAUUAUAAUUAUGUAUUUAACCAAGCAAGAUGUAAGGAAUGUGUGUUUUCGUGUCCCAAUCAGUGUCCUCUUAGGCCUACAGUAUGCAAGGUGAUCUAUAUUAUCCGGGUGCAAAUGCUUAUCACGUGAUGCGUAGCAAGCUGCUCGUUUUUACCAUUUCUGAACGUUGUGGGCAGUUGUCCUAUUUUGCCUGGGUAACCUGCUGUCUUGACGUGACCCUUCGAACUAAAUAAAUUGAGUGAACGGCUGUUGAAAGUCACCAAUUUCAUGCAUGAAAGCCCGUUUCUCCAAUGUUUGGUGUAAAUCCCCACAAGCUUCUUUUUCUGUCGCCACUUAGUUUCUCUCAAUUUGACAUACUAUAAACAUUUUACACUUACGUCAUGCCUUAUAAAAGACAUUCAUUUCAAUCGAUCAAAAGCACCAAUAUAUUUGCAUGGCUCGUCAACACAUGAAAUCAAAACUUAUAUUAGACUUAAAAUCACUAUUUCAAGCCAUCUUCAUGGAAGGAUUGGCGAUACACUCGGAUUGUGAGCUUUACAGGAUUUUAGUAGACCUAGAGGUUAAAUAUUAUUUUGUUUGUUUGUCCGGAAGCAAAUCUUCAAACAUAUACAAAAAUAAAUGCGUUUUCAUUCAUCAGACAAAAGGAACCAAACCUCGACUCUCUUGUGUAUAUUUCGUCCAAUGUGGUUAUUGACCAAUGAAAAUUGUCAUUACAUCGCCAACAUGGUAGAAUGAAUGAAUUCUUUUAGGGGUGAAGUCGGCUGAGAAUAUGAUUGAUUGCAGGCCUAUAACUAUCCUUGUUCUGACAUACACGGGCAAUACUACUGAAAUAUAUCACAUAUCCAUACAUAUACAUAUAUAUAUCAGUAAGUAAAACUUGAUUGUGUAAGGGAUUCAUUUGUAUACAUGUAACACUAUCACCUACGUCGUUAGGUGGAUGAGUUGUUACAUUUUGUAUAAUAUGUAUUUUUGAUCGUAUAUUAUGAAAAUGUGAAGAAAUCUUUUUUUUAAGAAGCACUGUACAUGUAUAUUGGCUCCCUGAAAACCCAUUAUAUUUCACAACGUCGAUUUGUUUAUUACAAUGAACAACAACAACCAACUGGAAACAACACAUGGAGGGACAUUUCAUCUUUUGAAGUAACAUUCUUUACCUGUGUUAGCUAAUACCGAAAGUGUACAUACUCAUUUCAUUAAUCUGUCAGAUAUAUUGUAACGAAUAUUAAAUAUUUUAUUGAUUCUAAUAUUAAUAUAAUUUUAUGUUAAUUGACUUUUGCAACAGAAUGUUGCAUGGUUUUAAUAAAGUGAUUUGCCAAUG